AUGCCUUCUGCGUCGACCACCACCGCGACGACACCCGCAACGCCCACAGCGCACCCUGACAUCCCACCGUUCCCUUCGCCCUCGACGUUCGCGUUCCUCCCUGACAUCUGGCUUCUUCUGGUGCGGCUGGACCUGCUGAACCCAGAGCGACAGCAUCUGCGGCCCCUCACAGAGGCACAGACACAAGCUCAGACGAACGGCCACCAACAAAGCACCGCCAACCAAACACAACAGCCACUUUCGGUGUCUUUGUCAAUAUCAUCAUCACAGCAGGGGCAACAGGCGUCUCAAAACCCCCCGUCGACGACACCGUCGCAGCAAAGCCAGGCGCUGCCACCUCCUCCCCUUCCCGGUGCGGGCGCAGCUGCAACAGCGCCAACGACGACGACAACAACAACAGGAGCAGCAGCAACAACACUAUUCUACGGCGCGCCGCCCCUUGACCUCAAAGACCUCCCCGCGCAGGUUUACCCGCUGAAACAGCGCCUGGCCAAGGCUCGCGCGGCGGUGACCGCGCUGCCGGACGUGGACCGCACGGUGGCCGAACAGGAAGACGAGAUCCGCCGGCUAGAGCGUAUGAUCAAGGGGCUCAAAGGGCGGCUCCUUCGUUUGGGAGAGGUUGCUGCCGAGGCGGGCACCGAACAAGUGCGGGAUGUUGAGAUGACGGAUCCGGGGGCGCAGGGAGGGAUUGAGGAUGGAGGUGCUGGUGUCGCAGAAGGAGGAGGAUGA